AUUCAAAACAUUCUGAUGUUUCUAAAACUUCAUCAAACACUGGGAACAAAUUUCAUAUUGAUGAAAUACCUCCACCAAUCAUCUUGGUGUUAAACUCUCCAGGAGAGGCCGCCGCAGAGGAGAGGGAGGUUGGUGAGGAAGGGAAGGAGGCUGGUAAAGAGGGUCGAGAGGCUGGAGAGGAAAUGCGCCAAGAACUAGACGUAUCAGCUGAUGAAAAUAUACAAACUGAAACUGUGAACGAAGGAUGGCACGCCAGGAGUCUGGCAGUUGAAGGAUAUAAUCCCAUGGUAAACUGCUUAAUAUCAAGUAAACACAAUAAACAGAGGUAUCUUUACUGUCCAAGCUUAGAAUCUAUGUACAAGGAGGGGAAAGGUCUUUGUUGUGGAGAUAUUGAUUCAAGAUAUUGUUGUAGCACAAAGGAAUGGAGAGCAACCCAGUUGAAGGAUACAGGAAACAUAAAACAGAAUUUUCACGAACAUGAGACUGAGACCUUGGGUGAGCAUAUAAAAGCAGAUGUUGAGGAAAUAGAAGAAUCCCUGCCUGGAUGGGCGAUUGCUCUUAUUACCAUAGGUUGUCUGCUGCUGGGAGCUGUACUGCUGUAUAUUUUAUUCUGUGUACUGUACAAGUUUCUGUGUUGCUCCGUACACCUUUUGUGCUGCUGUUGCUGCUCAGACCCGGAGAAAAAUGAAGAACAUUCCGUUCUUAUACGGGAAACCCACCAUCAUAAUCAUCAUACCCACUACCAGGCAGCUCCCCUUCCUCCUCCCACCAUGUACCAAGUGGUAUCCCAACCUGUACAAGCUGUACCAGCCUUGUACGCGAAUGUAACGAGUAUGCCUCCGAAUAGUCCGCCUCCGAGAUACGAGCAGCCUACACUGUAUCCCAAGUUAUCUUAAGAUUACAAAGGUCGUCUUUUCAUUGGCCAUUGCUUCUAUUCAUAAUUUGUUAAUUAUUUGAAAAAUUGAAAGAAAGAAAAACUUUA